CCGCACUCUUUCAGGACUGUGAACGCACCAUAGUAGCCGUUGUUUCCAGCUGACUGUUAGCUACCAGAAAAUCCGUUUCUACACCGAUUUCUGCUGCUAAAUGUUAAAAUGAGUGAAGUGGAAGAAAUAAUGAAGAGGAUCCUGAGUCACAAAGGGGUUGAGGGAGUCAUCAUUGCCAACACUGAAGGGAUCAUCUUGCGGUCGACUCUGGAAGACCAGAGCACCGUGCAUCACGUGGCUCUGGUCCAACCGCUGCUGAUGAAGGCCAAGAAGAUCGUGCAGGACAUGGACCCAGAGGACGAGCUCACCUACGUGCGGCUCCGCACCGAGAAGAACGAGGAAAUCAUUGCUGCAGAUAAGGAUUACUUCAUGAUCAGCAUCCAGACGCCUUCGCUCUGAAGCAGCAGCUGACGCCUCCUCGCUCUGCAGCUUCUUCUCCUGCGUGGUUCUGGUCCAGACGGGUCGGAUCUGUCAGCUUUCUGUCUGGUUCUGACUGGGUUUGUUCCGGGUCGUAGUUUGAUGCAUCGUUGGAUUAAAUUGUAGUAUUAAACAAGAGAGAAGUGAGCAGCACUCUGCUCUCCUCUCUGCUGGUUAGUUUUUUACAGAUUAGUUAAUAAAAUAUAAAAAAUGCUCAG